CAGGUACUCGUAUAAUUGAACACGGAAGACUAUCUCAGAAUUUGAGUGCAUUUCUUCUCCUCAAGUUGAUGUUUUCGAUUUGACACAGACAAGAGAAUGUCUAUGAUAAGUGACAGCGAGCGUGCAGCCGAGUGCCUUGACCACCUGCAGACGUUGCUAUGGGAGGCCGGGGACCACAGCCAGGACGACAGUGUCAGCUCCCUCAUCUGUAUGCUACAGAGUCCCCUGUUCAGGCAGCUACUGGUGCUACAAGACUCUCUGGAUGAACUUAGUCAAGUGGCAGAGAGUGGACAGCUUGAGGGUCACAGUAUAGACUUCCUGCCAGAGCUGCAGCUGACCCCUGUUGGGCACGAGAACCCCGUGUUUGAAACUGAGGCUGCAGUGGAACAGAGGCCCACCUACCAGGCUACACCCAGCUAUAAUGAGGAGUUCAGAAAGGCCAUCGAGACAGCGGCGAUGGGUCGAGAGGUGGAGACAAUUAAACUAUUCAAGCCGGAGAAGCAGUCACUGGGCUUCAGUGUGGUUGCAAACCCGGGCGACACAGCAAUAUACGUGCAGGACAUACAGCCUGGGGGCAUAGCUGCCAGGUGGGUGCAAGCGUGUUUGUGGUGUCUAUUUGUCUUGUCCUUUAAGUAAAUCAGGCCCCAUGAGUUUGAAGGUCUUUUUACUUCUAACUAAGUCUUAAUUACAACAUGUAGGCCAUAUAUGUUAAGGACAUACAGCCAGGGGGCAUAGCCGCAAGGUGGAUGCAAGGGUGUUUUGUGUUGGUGGUACUAAAAG